AAUUCAAAUAGUUUUUUCUUUGUUUUUGCUUGACAUUCCUUAACCUUUGCCAUGUUAUGAUUUCCUUGUAGUUACCCUAUCUAUCCUUGAUUCUUUGAAAUGUAUAACAGGUGCAGAAAAUUCAGAUUUUGACACCAAAUAUUGGAGUUGUCUACAGUGGCAUGGGCCCUGAUUCUCGAGUUUUGGUUCGGAAAAGUAGAAAGUCGGCUGAGCAAUAUCACCGACUCUAUAAAGAACCAAUCCCUGUCACACAGCUGGUGAGGGAAACUGCAGCUGUCAUGCAGGAAUUCACCCAAUCAGGUGGUGUAAGACCUUUUGGUGUUUCACUCUUGGUUGCGGGAUUUGAUGACAAGGGUCCACAACUAUAUCAGGUGGAUCCAUCUGGUUCGUACUUCUCUUGGAAGGCUUCGGCUAUGGGGAAGAAUGUCUCUAAUGCAAAGACAUUUCUCGAGAAGAGAUACACGGAGGAAAUGGAGCUCGAUGACGCUGUACACACUGCUAUACUGACAUUGAAAGAGGGAUUUGAGGGACAGAUCUCCAGCAAAAAUAUUGAGAUUGGCAUUAUUGGAACAGACAAAGUAUUCAGAGUUCUCACGCCAACUGAAAUAGAUGAUUACCUACAAGAAGUGGAAUAGAUUUUCUUUCUGCCGAAAGGAAUUGGAAGUAGCAGUUGGGCAGGAAGUGCGGACGGGGGAAUAGCACUACUGUUGAAGCUUCUUGUUGGCUUUGUUAUAAUUUGACUUUAAUCAAAUCAAACUUGAUUGUAUAUUUGGCCAUGUUAUGGUUAUUUAUUGCCUGAUUGAUGCGCUGAAAAGUUUAAUAUGUGGGCUUUCUCAGUUUCUUGAAUUUACAGAUUGUUCAAGUGUUAAAGGAAACAUAUGAUACAUUCAACCCUCUUAAUGUCCGAACAAUGUCUUUGAAAACAGAAGGCAUGUAUAAUUAUUGGAACUGCAUUCUCAUUUUUUUUUUUUUA